GUGGUACUGGGACAGCUGACACUCUUCGCAGAUGGCUGGCACCUGUCCUUGCUUUCCCUGUUCUUCCGGCAAGACUAUGGGCCCUGGCUGACCCAGGUCUUAUGCUUGAUACCCUUGGCUUACAUGACAUACACUGCUUACUUCAGUAUUUUUCGCUUGAAGAUCUCUGGAUGGUACGGUCUGUAUGGAAACCACAGCACCGAUACCGGCAGCCUGCUCUGGUGUGCUUCGAUACUGGCGCGAUUGGCCGCACCAUUGUGCUACCACUUCUUGCUGCUGAUUCGAGUCAGGGGAACCACUUUUCAGGCCUUCAUGGGGCAGAUGAAUAUCGUCCCUGUGUUGGGUGAGUCCUUUAACCAGGUGUUUCCCUGUCUCAUCGCGCUGCUGUGCUGCUGCAACAUCUUCAACGUAUACUCGCGCUUCCUACAGUUCUUCACCCUGGGUGUCAUGGAAUUCGAGCUGGGUGAGGCUUCUGCUGGAGAUGAUCCGCUGACAGACGGAAAGCAGCUGGUGGACCGAGAACGACGGCGCCGGGCGGAGGAAUGCGACUUGGAACUUCAGGGUAGAGCAGCUCCCUUCUUUGCCUCUGCAGCACCUGCAGGAUGAGUUCGCCGUGUUUGUUUCACCCAAAACUGGGUCAAGAUCUGUUUCUUGCG